GGUUUAUGACCCUUCAAGCUCCCGGUGCAGAGUGCUUGCUUUUCUAUUCACGAAUCCCGCCCCUUCUUCCCGGAAAGAAGACAGGCUCGGUCCCGAAGGUGGGACUUUGAAGAGUCCAGAUGUGGGAAUUUGGAAACGAUUGGCACAUUUGAACACAGGACCUAAGGGUACUUGGAGAGGAACCUCAUCCUUGCAGAGCCCUACUGACCAUAAAAAUGAGUUCUGCAGAUGCACUUGAUGAUGAAAAUACAUUUAAAAUCUUAGUUGCAACCGAUAUUCACCUUGGAUUUAUGGAGAAAGAUGCAGUCAGAGGAAAUGAUACAUUUGUCACACUUGAUGAAAUUUUAAGACUUGCCCAGGAAAAUGAAGUGGAUUUUAUUUUGUUAGGUGGUGAUCUUUUCCAUGAAAAUAAGCCCUCAAGAAAAACAUUACAUACGUGCCUUGAAUUAUUAAGAAAAUAUUGUAUGGGUGAUCGUCCUGUACAGUUUGAAAUCAUCAGUGAUCAGUCAGUCAACUUUGGUUUUAGUAAAUUUCCAUGGGUGAAUUAUCAAGAUGGCAAUCUCAACAUCUCAAUUCCAGUGUUUAGUAUUCAUGGCAAUCAUGAUGAUCCCACAGGGGCAGAUGCGCUCUGUGCCCUGGAUAUUUUAAGUUGUGCUGGAUUUAUAAAUCACUUUGGACGUUCAAUGUCUGUGGAGAAGAUAGAUAUUAGUCCAGUUUUGCUUCAAAAAGGAACCACAAAAAUUGCUUUAUAUGGUUUAGGGUCCAUUCCUGAUGAAAGGCUCUACCGAAUGUUUGUCAAUAAAAAAGUAACAAUGUUGAGACCAAAAGAAGAUGAGAACUCUUGGUUUAACUUAUUUGUGAUUCAUCAAAACAGGAGUAAACAUGGAAGUACGAACUUCAUUCCAGAACAGUUUUUGGAUGACUUCAUUGAUCUUGUUAUUUGGGGCCAUGAACACGAGUGUAAAAUAGCUCCAACCAAAAAUGAGCAGCAGCUCUUUUAUGUAUCACAGCCUGGAAGCUCAGUGGUUACUUCUCUUUCCCCAGGAGAAGCUGUGAAGAAACAUGUUGGUUUGCUCCGUGUUAAAGGGAGGAAAAUGAAUAUGCAGAAAAUCCCUCUUCACACAGUUCGGCAGUUUUUUAUGGAGGAUAUUGUUCUGGCUAAUCAUCCAGAUAUUUUUAACCCAGAUAAUCCUAAAGUAACCCAAGCCAUUCAAAGCUUCUGUUUGGAGAAGAUUGAAGAAAUGCUUGAAAAUGCUGAACGGGAACGUCUGGGAAAUUCUCGACAACCAGAGAAGCCUCUUAUACGACUGCGGGUGGACUAUAGUGGAGGUUUUGAACCUUUCAGUGUUCUUCGCUUUAGUCAGAAAUUUGUAGAUCGAGUAGCUAAUCCAAAAGAUGUUAUCCAUUUUUUCAGGCAUAGAGAACAAAAAGAAAAAACAGGAGAAGAGAUCAACUUUGGAAAGCUUAUCACAAAACCUUCAGAAGGAACAACUCUCAGGGUGGAAGACCUCGUCAAACAGUAUUUUCAGACUGCAGAGAAGAAUGUCCAACUCUCACUGCUAACAGAAAGAGGGAUGGGUGAGGCAGUACAAGAAUUUGUCGACAAGGAAGAGAAAGACGCCAUUGAGGAAUUAGUGAAAUACCAGUUGGAAAAAACACAGCGAUUUCUUAAAGAACGUCAUAUUGAUGCCCUAGAAGAUAAAAUUGAUGAAGAGGUACGUCGUUUCAGAGAAAGCAGACAAAAAAAUACUAAUGAAGAAGAUGAUGAAGUUCGAGAGGCCAUGAAUAGGGCCCGAGCUCUCAGGUGCCAAUCGGAAGACUCUGCAUCUGCCUUUAGUACUGAUGAUCUCAUGAGUAUGGAUCUAGCAGAGCAGAUGGCAAAUGACUCUGAUGACAGCAUCUCAGCAGGACCCAACAAAGGAAGAGGCCGAGGCAGAGGUCGAAGAGGAGGCAGAGGGCAGAAUUCCGCAUCGAGAGGAGGGUCUCAAAGAGGCAGAGGUACUGGUCUGGAGACUUCUACUCGAAGCAGGAGCUCAAAGACCACUGUAUCAACAUCCAGAAAUAUGUCUAUUAUAGAUGCUUUUAAAUCUGUGAGACAGCAGCCCUCCCGAAAUGUUGCUACUAAGAAUUACUCAGAGGAGAUCGAGGUGGAUGAAUCAGAUGAAGAUGACAUUUUUCCUACUACUUCAAAGACAGAUCAAAGGUGGUCAAGCACAUCAGCAAGCAAGCAAAUGUCCCAGAGCCAAAUAGCUAAAGGGGUCGAUUUUGAGUCAGAUGAGGAUGAAGAUGAUGAUCCUUUCAUGAGCAUUGCUUCUUUAAGAAGAAACAGAAGAUAAUAUAUUUAAUGGAACUUAGAAAUUUUCAAGUUAUAGAAAAAAUCAAAACAUUGCAAGCUAAGACCUCACAGUUAAAGAUUUUUAAACUGUUUCUGUGAACUGAGGAAUUUGAAAAAGACUUACUUAACAAAGAAACUAAUGUGUAAAAAUUUGUAUUUUUAAGCAUCAUUUCCUGAACAUGACUCCAUUACUGAAGACAUUUCUCUGCUGACGGCUUUAAAAGUAACAUUGGUUCUCCUUAUUUUUCAGUCUGGUUGUUAAAUUAUUUAGGGAUGCUUUAUAAAAUUUAAAAUGUUAUUUUACUGACAUGUAAGUGUAUAUCUUACUGAAUAAGAGCUUUGCUUUAGAAUUGUUUUUGAAUAAGUAGUGAAAUAAAUCCACCAUUAUAUAUUUCUGCUUCAUGAUCAAAGACAAUAUCAAUAUCUUAAUAUUAAAUUUAGCCAAAGUUGAAGGAAAGAGCUUAUAAAAUUUAGCCUCAUCAUUUUUUAUAAUUUUCUAGAGGUUUUAUAUUUCCCAGAAGUGAACAUUCUGUGUGAAACUAUUUGUCAUUUAAGGGUGGGUUUUCUUUUUUUCUUUCCCGCCCCCCACUGCUUAAUGUAGUAUCAGCCCCAAAGACUUGGAAUGAUUAAAAGUACUGAAUAGUUUGAAUGAUUAGAUACGGAUUUUAAAAAAUUUUUUUAAAAGAACAGUAUGUUAGAAUUACCAAGGUUUUUGUUUUUUUUCCAGUUGUAGCAAAAAUUCAAAAAAUUAUGUUCCCAUUGAGUGGUAGCAAUUGUCUCUAUUAUUCUCUAUUAUUAAGGCUGUUCUCUCUCAUCUGUUUGUAGGAAGAAAAAUGUUAAAUAAAUUUUAUAUAUUACAAAUGUUAAAGAACUUUUUUAGAUAGAGUGAUGCUUAUAGUGGGGAGACUGAGGUAGGAGGAGAGUGAGUUUAAGGUCAGCCUGGACAAUGUAGUAACCAUCUCAAAAAAAUUUUUUUUCUUUAAUCCUAACUUUGAUUCCCAUAAAAUAUUUCAGAAUGGGAAAUUCCAGAAAUCUUAAAGAAGGUUUUUAUUGGAAUAAUCCCAUUCUCUUAACACUCUACAAAAAAUAGAUACCUGAGGAUACCCCCCCCCACCCCCCCUCCAGUACUGGGAAUUGAACCCAGGGACCUUUUACUACUGAACUACACUCCUAACUUUUAGGAGUGUAGUUUAAAAAGGGCCUCACCAAGUGACCCAGGCUGGCCUUAAACUUUCAAUCCUCCUGCCUCAGUGUCCUCUGAAUUGCUGGGAUUAUGGGCAGGCACCACCAUGCCUGGCUGAGAGUGUUCAUUCUUUGAGGCAGCUCUGUUUAAAGACUCCUUAAAGAAAUGGUGGAUCUUUGUGGUACCACAACCUGAUAUUUCUUUAUAGAUAGAAACAAAUAGUUGAUUUGAACAACAUUCAUUACCAUCAGAAUAAUCAUACCUGGAACUUGUCAAAUUAUAAGGAGCAUUUGGAUAAUGGAUGUCUCUAUAUUAUAGCAUCUUAGAAAUGGCCUAAGUCAAAAAUUACGGUAUAACAUUCUAAUUCUUUAUAAAGUAAAUUUUGUGCCUAACUUGAGCAUAAGGGUUAUUUUAGUAAGCAGCAUUAACACAGCAGAAAGCAUUGUUCUGUGAAAUACUCUAAGGCACAUCUGCCCACAUCUUGAUUGCACUUUAAAUCCACAAUAUUUCCUGUAUUUGAAUGGAGUAGAAAGUCCAUCUGGGGUGAAAUGGUGGUGUGGAAACUGGUAGGGGAUGCAGUGCUACCCCUGCACAUGGCACACUGUUUUGGAUCAGGCAGCAUCAGCUGAUAGCUGGUGUCCUACCAGUUAAAUGUUCUUGGGUAAGGGUGAAAGUUAUGCCAUGGCCACUGAAGUAUUCUAACAGGUUCUUGGGCAAAAGGAGUCAGGCUUUCUCUCUUUAAAACACUGCUGUAGUGUUUGAAAAGAGAUACUUACUGUGAUGCAGUUAGCUGCUAAGGAAAGUGAUUCUGUGGCAGUUACAGAGAAUGAACAUCUCUUCAACUAAUUCAAGUCAUUUUGUGAAUAGUUAAUGUGCGUCAAACCCUAAAAAUAUGGUAAAUAAAAUGUGAAAGGAAAACCUGUCUUACCAAAUAUUGUUAUAUAGUUAAAUGUGCCACCUAUCCUUAAUUCUCUGUAUUGAGGCAACAAAGUCUAUUGUUGGUUUUUCUGUGGCAGUUUUCAGACCUGUUGGUGUAGGGGGUCUUUCAGAUGAUUCCAGAGCACUUGGAAUUGCUCUUGGAGGCUGUGAGAGCAAUGAUGAAAACAUUGUGAGGAAAGCAUUUGUAGGGUGUCCUUCCAUGCUUAUCUAAGAAGAAAUCGCCUGGCUUCUUGUCUCUUAUGAAAAAAUACAGCAAAGCUACAAAUGCACUGUUUUCCUAGGCAAUUCUAGGAAAUAGACCUGCUUAGGAAAUUCAGGCACCUAGGCAAGUGAUGAGGCAACCUUUAAUUCAGGUACAGAUAAAACUUUUUUUAGUAAACUUUUAAAAUUUCUAAUAACAGUUAAUACAGAAGAGUGAUACAGUUUAACAAAUAAUUAUAUAUUUAUCACUUGUGGAAUCUCCACACAGGUAACAAAAUAGAGUAUCACUAAUGCCCUGGAAAUCCACUGAAUAUUCUUUCUUCCCAGUAUACAGUCAUGACUCUAUUCCAGAGUGCUUGUUUUUGCCACUAGGUGGUGCUUCCACCAUUAGAUGCAGUCAGGAUGCUUCCUCUGCAAAGCUCAAGAAGUUGAGUUUUGCAGUAAAUUUAGAACCUAUGCAGGAAUAUUAAACCUAUGCAGCAGUAUCAUAAUUUGCCUUCUAAUCUUAAAUAUUUUACAUAUUUCAACUGGUUUGGGCUUAACCAUAAAAAUUGCCAGUUUGAUAAUUUUGCAUGUUAAGGUUCAAGAAGAGAAAAAAUGUUUUAUGUUUUCAUAAAGAGAAAAAUCUUUUAUCAAAAGGGUUGAGUAGAAAAGUCUACCAAUGUAAGGUUUUUCCUGUAGAAAUGUAUAAUAUUUAAAAGCAACUUUCCCCAAAGUGAUCUGAUAUUCUUUUUUGUAUCUUUCAAAUUAUAACUUUUAAAAACUAAUUUCCAUUAAAAUUAUUAUAUGCUUUACAUAAUAAAGAUUUGAGUUUUUUAUCCAGAAAGAUUCUGUAUUCUUGAAUGAGAAAUGUCCACAUUUCAUCAUUUGCUUAUCUUACUUCCAAGAAUUUUGAACUUAAUGUUGGUUAGGUCUGAAAAUACUAGAAUUUUAAUUUGAUCUCUGUAAAGUCAAUUCACAUAGUUUGCUAUUGCCAUGUAUAUUUGUAUGUCUUUGUUACACAUCACAAGAUCUGAUUAUAGCUAUUUUAAAGUUGUAAAAAUGGAACUGGAGUUGUGGCUAGUCGAAGAGCACUUGCGUGGCAUGCGUGAGGCCCUGGGUUUGAUACUCAUCACCACAUAUAAAUAAAUAAAAGAUCCAUUGACAACUAAAAAAAUAUUUUUAAAAAGUUGUAAAAGCAUACAUAUUCUUCAAAAUAUAGACAUUGACGUAUAUACCAAAAUGUAUAUAUUUCCCUGUAAUCCCCUUGCCAGUUAUGUUCUGUGGGCAAUUAGGUGCAUUUCUUAAAGUACUUUCGGCACUCUCUCAUCGUUGAAUUAGAACCCCAUGUUGUACAGCUAAAUAUUUUAGUGCUUCUCUCAAGGUAUAUGCUCACUUUGGUACUUAUCUUAGUUUUCUGAUUUUUUUCACAUGUGGUUUAUUAACUUUUUAGUUGAACCAUCGUUGCCUCCUUUGAGAGAUAACUAUACUACUUUCCAAUGUGUGAUUCAAUGUUAUUGUUCAGUUUGGGUCAAGUAAAAGAAAAUUACUCUGGAGAUGCUUUGACAUUAGAAGCAGUAAGUGAUUUUUAAAGGGUACUUGACUGGUGAUUGCACAUUAUAGUUGACCAGCCAAGAGAGCUGCAAUGGCUCCUAUGUUGGUUAGUCCGUGCCACAUUUUGUUCUGUCUCUCAGCUGCUAUGCAGUCCUGGUGGUUCAUGUGCUAAUGCCCAAAACUAAUACAUAAAUACCCUUGAUCACAAUGCCUAUUUAACUUCAAGAAUUUUGCAUUUGUUAUAUUUUAUUUAAAAAUCAGCAUUUUAUACACCAUAAGCUUUUGAAUUACAACUUUGUUCUACCUGUUAGUGCAUUUGAAUUGAUGAUGAGGUAUAUCUGACUUUGAGAUAAUUUUACUAGAGACAAAAAUCCAUCACUUAGUAGGAAAAGAGCAAUAACUGCAUUACUUUUGGUCCUCUGAUAGUCUGGAAAUAUGACUUGUGAAAUGAAGGUGUCUAUUUUAUCAAAAUAUUUACCAUAAACAAUGAAAUUAGUCAACCCAUUUAUGGUAGAUAUACCUGAAAGCCCUCAAUGGUUUAUCAUCCCAAUAUUGAUUUCUGAGUUUUUAAGUAGCACUUUAAGUCUAGAUCAUGUUUUUAAAACUUCUCUAAAUUUUUUUUUUUUUUUUUUGGUGCUGAGGAUCAAGGCCAAGGAUUCACACAUGAUAUGCAUGCACUCUACCACUGAACUCCGCACCUCCAGUCCCCUAAAACUUUUAAUAUUGAAGUAAUACCUGUUUUGCAGAAAAUUGGUGAAAUAAUAGAAAACUUUUUAAAUCUUCUAAAUUCACCAGUUUUUAACAUUUUGUCAUUUAAAAAAUUAUAUAUACAUAUAAUGAAUGUUACAUGUAUGCACAUUCAUAUACAAAUGUGAGCAUGUACAUAAUUUAUUUUGUCUGAACAUUAUGCCCUGGAAAUUGCUUCAUAUCUUUUUUUUUGGAUAGAUCUUCCUCACCUUUUUAUAUGUUUGAAGCAUGUGCUGCCUUUCCCUCCCUUGAGUUUAAGUACCAUAGUUUAUCCUACCUUUCUCCUAUAUUUGUGCAUGUUGUGGUUCGGAUAUUUACAAUUACAAUAAUAUAGCAAUAACUGACUUUGUAUGUGAGUAUUUUCCUAUUUUUGGAAGUAUAUUUUCAGAGAGAAUUCCUAAACUUGUAAUUGCUGAAGUAAAAGGAUAAGUGCAUAUGUAGUUGUGUUCAGCAUUGCAAAUUCCCUCUUAUAGUGGUUAUGCCACUUUGUAGUCCCACCAACAACUUGUGAGAUGGUGUGUUUCUCCACAGCCUUGCCACUAGAAAGUAUUGUCAGUCUUUGGGUUUUUUGCCAAACUGUUGGAUAAUAAAUUGUA